AUGACUCGGAUUUUCCUGGUGUUUCAUGUGGAUACAUUACAGCAGAGGUUCAAUGCGCGGUACAAGCUCACUCUCCAAUUCACCGCCGACUCGAGAUCAACCAUGGGGAACUCUAUGGGCCACGAUAGACACAGAGAUUCGACCACCCGCAAGAUGGUGGAGAAGAUGCACAAAGGUCUCUUCGCUUCACCGGCUCAAGCGACCAAGCAGUCUGCCAAGGACGAGACGAAGACCCACAAGUCGACAAGCUCUACGAACAAGCAUCAGCAGAAGAACAAAGCCAACCCCCAACAAGGUGGAAAUGCCGCCAAGACAUCAGAUUCACCCACCAAGAAGGGCAGGAAGAAGAAGAACAAGCGCACCUCUACAGAGCCAAGAAAAGGAAGAAAGGAAAGCUUCAGCAAGUACAUGCCGAACUACGUCCCGACAGUGCCAAUAGACGAAACGCUGGGUGGAGCCUACGACGCUGUCGAGCACGAGGACCCCCACGGCGGGUACUACGACGGCAAGUCGUUCAUACCCAUCGACGAAACCUUGUCCGCACUGCAAGACGUCGCUCAAGACCCAGCACCCGAUACGCCGCCUCCGCGAUCCCAAGUUGUGAAAGCCGCAGCGGUACCUCAAGCAAACCCGACAGGCAGAUACACCCGUCCCCAGCCAUACUACGGAGGGAACUACGCCACUCAAAGCCAAGUCAACACCACAAACCCGAACAGUAAAUAUUACGACGGGAGGUACGACUACCUGUACUACUACGACACGAAUGACCGCGAUAACAACUCGGACAGCUCUAGCGACAACGAUCACGAUGGUGCGUGCCAUGACGGCAACAACUACACGGAUGGGGGUUGCGACGCUGCAGGAAGCAAUGACACCGGCGCCUAUGACGCUGGUGGUGACAACGGUGGUGGAGGCUACGACUAUAGCUCGAGCUACGACGCUGGUGGGAGUUAUGAUGCUGGAGGAGGAUGUGACGGUGGUUCCAGUAGCUGCGACUAA